CAGCACAACAGCAGAACCUUGGAAAAUAAGAAAAAAGAGUUAAUGGUCGGACUAGAGAGAGACCGGCCACGAGGGCAGCAGCAGCAGGCACCAAAAAAAGGCUAGGAAGAAGAGGUAGGCGAAUCGAGGCCCAAAAACAUUUGGGGGCCGAGCGGAAGCGCGAAUCCCCCCGAAUCCCCUCCCCCGAUCCCAAUUCCGAAUCGCCAGAUCUCGCCCCUCCUCCGGGCUCGGUCGAAUCGGCGGCCGGCCGGCGGUUCGAGGAGAUCUCGCCGAGAUUUGGGUUGGGUUGGGUUGGUGGGAGUAGUAGCCGGGUGGCCCAUGGCGUCGGCGCCGGCGCCUUCGUCAUCCUCCACCGCCGUCGCGUCGUCGCGCGAGGCGAGCCGCCAGGCCGGGAAGAAAGCGCUGGAGGAGUUCCGUAAGAAGAAGAAGAAGGCGGCGAAGAAGGCUGCCCCCGUUGCUGACCAGGCAACACCGGCUGUUUCCACUGUAGUGGAUACCCCCCUGCCAAAUGCCAAUAAUUUAAGCGCAGGAGCGGGGCUGGUGUCUGAUGUAGACUCAAGCAUAGCAAGCACAUCAUCUGUGCCAUCUGCUUCCUAUGAUAAUGGUCCAAUAAGUUCUUCGAGAGGCACGGAAUAUCCGUCAAAUACUCCUGUUGUUGUGAAUGCAUCAGCUAGUGUUAGUAACGUUGGUCUGCCGCAAGAUGCUUUUGGCGAUGGAGGGAGUAAGUUCUAUGGGAACUUGAGCUUCUCUGAUCUAGUUAAUGGGCAUCAUGAGGAUUGGAGAGGCAAUGCUACCCGUAAUAGGGUAGAGUUCAGUCCUGACAAGGAUGCCCCUUUAACAUCUAAACCAAGUGCAUUUGGAAACACUAACAGUGGUUCCCAUCCAGCCGAGGUCUUGUCGAAUUGGGGAAGAAAUUCUUCACUGAGUCAAGUACACGGUACUGAACAAUCUAGUUUAUAUUCAUCCAGCAGCCUUUUUGGGAAGUCUGAAAGAACUUACUCUCAGGAUUACUCCCCAGAAAAUGAUAUCUUUGGCCGGUUACGAGCUACCUCUAAAGAUUCUUUCCAAGUAGACCACUCUGCAUAUGCCAGCAACCGGGAGUAUGGCAGUUCCUUUGAUAGUUCUAAAACCGCCGUUGGUGCAGACCAUGAUACAAAUAUUGGAAUGCUUGGGAAUGCAUCAGGUUCCACACCUGCUAAUUUUGAUAAAGAGGAUCCUUUUCUGUCUACUGCUUAUCCAACUACACACAGUCGAUCUCGGCCAUCUUUUCUUGAUUCUAUUGGAGUACAAAGAGCUCCUCCAUCACAAGUCCCGUAUGCGGAACCUUCAAAAGCUAACAAUACGCUCUUCAGCAAUUCAAACUCUGAGAGUUCUUCCUUUCAGCAGCCAAAUCAACAAUCCACACAAAGCAAUGGUGUAGAUAAUUCUGUUAGACCAGGGAGACAAGAAUAUCAUAACGAAAAGGAGCCAUACGACACUUCCAAAGAUGAACAAAGUCUGCAGCAUGGUAAUCACAUGUUCCAAAAUUUCACAACUCAUGAUAAAGACGACGGUUUUGCAACACUAGAGCAGCUCAUCGAGGAUUUGACAACAGAGAAGUUCUCCUUACAAAGGACUUUAGAGAAAUCUCAAGAACUAGCGCAAACUUUGGCCACAGAUAACUCUGCUUUAACAGACAAGUUCAACCAACAGGCACAUGUUAUCAGCCAGUUGACAUCCGACAUAGAGAGGUUGCAGGAUGAAAUUCAAGCUCAACUGGCUCUUAAACUGAGGUCAAAUGAAUUAAAACUUGAAAAGGAAGUGCAGGGUUUAAAUUCAGAGAUUUCUUCAUACAGGCGCAAAGUUUCUAGUCUAGAGAAGGAGCGUCAGCAUCUUCAAUCUACUGUGGAGGCUCUUCAAGAAGAAAAGAAGCUCCUAUAUUCUAAGUUGAGGAACAUUCCUAUGACUGAGAAGGUAGAUGUCAUCCAGAAACCUCCAGAUGACAAAAAAGAUGCAUCAACCGCGACAGAGGAUUUAGAUACAGGAGAAAGCAGCUCUUCAGAAACAAUGACUACCAUUGACACACUACAAGAAGCAGAAACUUCUGUUUUGCAAGCCAAUAAUAUGUACGAUUUUCCUUCCUUUGGAGAGGUGUCUUCUAGCAUUCCAGUCGACCAGCUUAGAAUGAUAGACAACAUCAACUCCUUGAUGUCGGAGUUAGCGGUGGAGAGAGAAGAGCUGAUGCGAGCUCUGAGAAUUGAGUCAUCAAAUUGCUCCAAGCUAAAGGAGUUGAACAAGGAUCUAACACACAAGCUGGAGAUUCAGACACAGAGGCUUGAGCUAUUGACUUCUCAAAGGAUGGCUAAUGAGAAUGGCCUUGCAAGACAAAUCGACACGCGCUCCAUCGAUGAUGCAACAUUGUAUGCUGAUGAAGGAGAUGAGGUUGUUGAUCGUGUGCUUGGCUGGAUAAUGAAGCUCUUCCCUGGAGGGCCAAAGCGUCGCACCAGUAAACUCCUCUAGUGGAACUGAAGUUUUAGUAUACCACAAUGUUUCUUCAUUUAUAUAUUUUUGUUUUGCCCGGUUUUGGUGAUAGCAUUAUGAGAAGUUGUAUAUUGGAGCCAUUGGAUGUAACCAUUCUUUUUUACAGAAAAUGAAAGGAAAAUGUUGGAGCU